AUGCCUACAUCUGCUAUUCUAUKGAGUCUCGCACCAUGGCUCUCUUCUAUUUCUCUUAAAUAGUCAAAACCUGUGGUUUUAGACGAUCUAGAACAAACACGAACCUAAAGCAAGUCAGAGAUAGUUUUUACUGGAAAUCGUGGUAUAUGGGACAGAUUUUGAGGCAGUUUUUUCAAAAGGUUCUGAGCAAAUCUGAUAUAAAUCGUGGUCCUCAAACCAAGUUUGAGAAUCGUGUGGUGUUGUGAACAAAGGCAAAGACGGCGUGACGGAUAAUAGAGCCUCUGGAUUACGGUGGAUCGAGGAAAAACUAGACAAUAUUAUUAUCCCCAAAAGAGGAUGAAACCAACUUCUUCCAAUGGAAUAUUAGGAAUAAAACGCACUGUUGAUAUGAAUAUGAACUCGAAUAUUCAAAGAGACGAAGAUAAGCGAGGAGAACCUCUCAAAUCACGACGCUCAUCCAAACCCAAAGUGGAAAAUUCUGAACCGAAAAUUAAUUUAGAAAACGCUGAAACUACGUUGAGUUUUACUUCAGAAGAUGAUGUAUGCUAUGAACCUGGAGAUUGCGUCUAUGUGGACAGUCAGAGACCCGAUGUGCCUUUCUUUGUCUGCUCAAUCAAAGAAUUUCGUAUGAGUAAGCGUGACAACCUUGUUGUUACUGUGCGCUGGUAUUAUCGCCCAUCUGAAGUUCCUGAGUCGGUCUAUCAGCUACUUGUGCAAGACAGAAAUACAGAAAAUGGUUCUAGUGAUCAUAUUCUUGAAGAAGAGUUGGUCAAGGAGAGAGAGUUGUUUAUUUCCGAUGCCACAGAUGUAUAUCCCGCUCACGCAUUAAGAGGCAAAUGUAAAGUCCGUCCAUUUGUGGAGUUGGCUGAUAAUCUUAAGGAGUAUAUUUCUAAAGAUGAUACAUUUUUUUAUGUUCUUGGCUAUAACCCAGAAACAAGGAGACUGGCCAAUACUAAAGGAGAAAUCAGAGUUGGACCAAGUCAUCAGGCUGUACUUCCAGAAUGCAAGGAGUAUGUUCCUGAUGAAAAUGACUCCAAAACUGAAACAGCUCGUGAAAAGCUGGUUUGGAGUCCCAUACUAGAUGACUAUGACUUGAUGAUGUAUCUUAGGGCAUCCAGGAGUAUGGCACAGUAUGCAGGGAUGUGUAACGGUGGGACACCAGAAGACGGCUUUAGGGCCAUGUCACAAGAUGCUACUACAAGCAAUGCUCUUGACUUGUUACAUGAAAGCAGUUAUGACUGUGCAAAGGCUUUACAAGCCCUCGUCAAGAAACCAUAUCCUAAGGAACUGAGAAAAAAGUGGACAGAAGAUGAUAUCAAAAAGUUUGUUAAAGGUCUUCGUCAAUUCGGCAAAAACUUUUACAAAAUUCACAAAGAACUAUUAAACCACAAGAAAACCAGUGAACUAGUUGAGUAUUACUACAUCUGGAAAAAAUCUCAUUCUGCCGUCAGCUCCAGGCCUCACAGAAGACGCCGUCAUAAUGUCCUUAGGCGUAAAGCAUGCACUAGAAGUAGUAGAAGUACCUCUAACGAAUUCGUGGAUCUGACAUCUUGCAGCGAGGAUGAUUAUGACAGUGACGACAGCACAGAACGUGAUCUUAGUCUGUACUGUUGUCGCCAUUGCUAUACUAACAAUUCCCGUAGCUGGCACCAUGGUGGAUACAACAAGGUCAUCUUGUGCACCGAUUGUAGGGUUUUCUUUAAAAAAUAUGGAAAAUUGCCUCCAAUUGAAGACGAGCGCAAACCUCCUUCUUUCAUGUUCAAGUCGGACUUCAAGGAGACAAGAGAUGAUGAUCCAUGUYGGACUAACGGGAAACUUCUACGCAGCAGAAGAAAUAUGCCAAUUGUUCAGAGUACGCUGCGAUCUGGUAGAAACAAGACCUCAAGUCCUGUAGAGUCAGUGAAUACUCCAAGGAACUCACCAGUUAAUGGUCGCCGCCCAACCAGGAUAACAAAACCAGCAUCACCUUCAGAUGGAAGCACAAGCAGCACUGGCAGUAGCACCAAUAAAGACAAAAAUAGAAAGAUCAAAGGCAGGAAGAACAAGAAGCGUGCCCUCGAACAGUCAGCUGAAGAUUCCAGUGGCAAUAAACGAAAAAAGCAACAAGAAUCGGACGAAGAGCCGCAAGAAGACGCCAGUGAUACAAGCAGUGUCACUGGAAGGGACAGUGCUGUUCCAGGGGACUUUGACGCAAGAAGUGAAUGCAGUAACACAACAAACAAUGAUGAUAAUAGUAGCACACGGUCUGAUUCACCCUUAGUCCUUCCUAUUAUCGAUAAUCUUCCAGCUAAGUUCAAGAGAGUAGGAUCUGGGGAAGAGAAUCGUAGCUGCGCGCGCACUGAUGUCGUUUUUGUUCAUCCCGAGAAGCCGAAAGUCAAGGAAAUUUCUAAACAUACCGAAUCAUCUACCUCUAAGUGUUCACCGACCAAAACAGAGGCUUUGGAAACAUCUUCAAGCCGAGAGCAACCAACUACUUCACGCCAGUCUCCCAAGACCAUUCCAGCAACUGUUACAUCACAUUACGAGUCGGCGUUACGCAACAUGAUGGCUGGUAACCCAGAAGGGUACUCAGUGUACCCUAAUGGCCAAGCCAUGCUUCCUCAUGGUGUUACUAUACCAGGAUACCCUGAAGGAGCUAUUGAUUAUAGAAURCUUCCAUAUAUGUAUCAACAAGGCGUUUUGCCUGAGAGUAGAGAGAAUGCUGCAAAGUUUACGGAAGGUUUUGAACAGUGGUAUGCUYCAUAUCGUAUGGCACAUACGCAAGAUGGAAGGCACUACCUACCGGGUUACCAACUCCUUGGCCGAGGAGCUGAACAAAGUGCGCUGGCCUCACGGAAUCUCACACCACAGUCUCAAGCUCAUGAGGCUAUGAUGAAAAAUGCUUCAUCAAGUAGGACUCUUGUUUUAGAUCCAACGACUGGUUAUCCUGUGCCUUUAGGAAGUCUACAUUCUCAUUCGCAUAUGCACACACAUUUUCAUAUUCAUCCGCUGGAACAACAGCAAAUGCAGGCUCAAGCAGCAGCAGCAGCAGCAGCAAACAUGGAACGUGCAGCAUACUUCCAGGCACAAACACCACAACAUCCGGGUAUUGUAUGGAGAAAUCAGCAGUUGCUUUGGCAACAUCCAGAACUCAUGCAACUCCAGGCAAAUGCAAUGAUUUCCCCUGGGGAUGAACAUCCACAUGCCACUUCUAUUCAUGGACUCGGCUCGACUCCAUUAGACCGACAGCUUCAACAACAUGUACUACUUAAUCAACACUCAAAGUAUCAUCACCAUUCAGCCUUACAGCAACAAAUGCUGCAAGAGCAAGAAGAAAGCUACAUUAGACAUCUUAGACAUCAACAAGAGCUACAAAUGAAGCAAAGACUUGAAGAUGGUGCCACUAGUGAGUUAUACUUAUCGAAUAUUCUUAGAAAGGACAGUAGAAAUCUCCAAAGUYCCUCACAGUUGGAUAAYGUAGUCAAGAAAAGUCUUGAAAGUACUGGGGCUUAUGUAUCUCCGACCAAGAAGCCUGUCACUAUUGACCUUUCAGAGGAUUAAUGAAGUUUAUUUAUCCACCGAAAUGUUCUCAGAGGGAGACUGGUGCCCUACUCUUCUYGCUUAUGCCCAGAAUAAAAUGCGGGACAUGUUCAGCACCA